AUGGCGGCUCAACCGCAGCCAGCAGCUUUCACAGCGUUAGCUGAAAAAUAUAGCCACCCUCAGCAUGGCCGCGAUCCAGAAGUUAUGCGGUUACGCCGAGAUCACAGUGUACUGGGAUCUCAAUUACCUCUGAAAAGUGGUGUUACGCCUCUUGAUCCUAAUUUCUAUGUCAGUGCUGCAGAGAAAACAGCAUAUAUCAUGCAGUCAGGCUAUCAAAGACACCGAUUUCAAGGAUUUACUACGAAAGAACUAGAAGAUAGCGAAGCACUUGCACCCAUGAGAAAUGGUGACGAAUACAAACCUCUCUCUGUUAACCACCUUCAUCCUUUGGUCGAAAAAAGGAGAUGGUUUCUGCCAGUCCCGGUUUUGAAUCAAGCUGAUUUUCCAAUGAAGAAUGGCAGGUCUGGUUAUUAUGAGGCCUCUAACGAUGAUGUCUGGGUAGCAUUACUCCCAUCACUUCAUUUAGCUACUCAAUAUCUAUAUCAAUCUGAUGCGCUACAAUGGUCAGGGCUCCAUAUUUGUCAUAAGAUGUUCCGACUAAUACCCGUAGGUGGUAUGCUUUAA